AUGAAGAGCUGGCUGGAGAGUGCCGGCAGCAUGGAGGAAGGCGGGCUGACAUGCAUGCUCGCUGAGCCUCGGGAGGCCUUACUGCCUAUCACUGGGAGAGAGAACCUCGCACCUAGAAAACGGGAAAGAGCUUUAGAACCUUGCGCUUUAUCAGAAGAAGCAUACUUAUCUAGUGGCGCCGGGUCUCCUUGCGCUGGUCUUUCUCGCGAAGAACGUAGACGCCGGCGCAGAGCUACCCUCAAAUACCGCACAGCCCACGCCACAAGGGAGAGGAUCCGUGUAGAAGCCUUCAACGCGGCUUUCGCAUCCCUCAGAAGACUCCUACCAACCCUACCGCCUGAUAAGAAACUGUCCAAAAUUGAAAUACUCCGUCUCGCUAUAUGCUAUAUCGCGUAUUUAAAUCAUGUACUAGAUGCGUAGAUCGAGUUUAUUGCAUUUUGGGUAAUAUUACCUCAGUGAUUGACACAUGAUCAUUAAUAAGAGGGAAAUCCUAUAUAGUAACUAAUGCUUUACGAACCAAUUCAAAUCAUUUGAUAAAAAUAACAAUAUACCUACUUAUAGAUAUAAGUAUCUACUUAUUAGGAAACAAAGUUGCAACAUAUUGAAAAUGCGUCAUGUAUUUUAUCCAUUACUAAUGUAUAUUACAUGCAAAAAAUACUCUUCUUCACGAUAAUAUCGACGAAUAUUUGAAAUUCCAACUUUAAUUUAACCUAAGUAAAACACGCGUAAAAGCAAGAACUUUAGCUACUGUCUUUAUAAUUAUGUGUAUUUAAGUACAAGCGCGUCCAAAUUAAUCACAUUGCUGCAGAG